CGGUCCCCGACGCAUUAUCGCAACCAACACCCCUCGACAUCAAUCGGCAACUCCUCUCCCUUCAGAGAGGUCGCUGCCACCAGAGCUUGCAGGCAAGCCAUGGAGCCACAGAAUCUGCAGGCAGCAUCUACUUACAUCAAUAAUGUCUUGCUGGCCAGGGGGCUGCUGAAGAGCGGCCAACCCAUUGAUUUCGCCAACCCUGAAGAUGAGGAGGGAGGCACGGCGGCCACAAUGGGGAGGAUCAUAAAUUUGGUCAACGAUUUGGUUCUGCGCAGAGAUCGUGAAGCCGAACACCGAGAGAAUCUAGCGACCACAAUCCGCACCCUACGCGCGGAGGAAUCGCAAAAAACAGCAGAGUUGGAGAAAGUCAAGACGAAGGCCUCCGAGCUAACCCGUUCCCUGGCUCUCGCAGAAGCGCAGGAACGAGCAUUGAAGGCGAACGCUUCUAGUGCCGAUUCGACAAUCCGAGGACUGAAAGAGCAAGUGCAGCGUAUGAAGACGACCAUCCAGCAAGUUCGAGCUCAAUGCGCCAACGACAUCCGCAAACGCGACCUGGAAAUGCAGAAACUGAAAUCGCACUUGGCUGAACGCCAGCGCGGAAAGCGGGAAGGGCUGUCGAUGACCACUAUCAAUAUCAACCCAGCAGCCAGUCAAUCGUCCCGAUCUAGACUGGCGGCCGGUGGUGAGGGCAUCAACGAUCCUGGAUACAGCCUCAAGCAGGAAACGAACGACUUCCUCACUGAACUAUGUCAAAACCUCAGCGACGAAAAUGAUACGCUAAUAUCAUUGGCACGGAACACAGUCGAAACUCUGAAGGAUCUCCAGGGUCUAUCACAAGCCGAAGACGAAGAUAAGUCCGCGACCGGGAUGGCAAGCGUCGGGGCUGGACGGUCCCUGCAAGGCUCGGUAACGGCGCUACCUACCUCUUGUGACGAGCUAUCAGCACAAAUGGACCAUGUCCUCGAGCAUCUACGAACACUGCUCACGAACCCAUCGUUCGUACCUCUCGAGGAAGUAGAAAUGCGGGACGAAGAAAUUAAACGACUUCGCGAAGGCUGGGAGAAAAUGGAAAGUCGGUGGAGCCAGGCCGUUACAAUGAUGGAUGGCUGGCAUAAACGGAUCGCGGAUGGAGGCCAUUCGAUUCAAGCGGAAGAGCUCCGACAAGGCUUAGACCUACGCCUAGACAUCACGCAAGCACUGUCUCAAGACGUGGGGCGAGACACGACCAUCCAGUCACCCAUUUUCGAAGACCAAGAGGCAGAAGAGGAGGAAGAGAAACAAACCGCUGCGAAGGUUACCACUGAGCCUAGUCGGCCUGCAGAGUCCCCCAGGAGAACUCGCCAGUCGACGCGAGAAACGAGAUCCAGGAGAGCCAGUAAAGCCUUGAAAGAAAAGAGUGACAACAUCAUGACUGGACGCUCGCCACGGAAGGUCUCAUUUACUGCGGGUCUACAAGACUCGCCUUGCGAACCGAGCGCGGACGAUGAGACGCUACAAGUAAAAGCACACCGUUCGGAAGCGGUAACACGUAGACCAUCAAGAAGGAAAGCUGAAUCGAAGGGGCUCUCCCGCCAGGGAAGCAGCGCUCAAAGUCCCCAGCCCAAAGAGUCUCGCCGGGCAGCUGCUAUCCAAGCAUCAAGCAGCCAAGCUCGCCUGAGCGUGCCCCAGAAGCUAGCAGCUGCUGAAAGCGAGGCCCGGGAGGCAGAAAAGGCUCGCAAAGAGAGCGAGAGUCGUAAGCGUGGGCGGGCUCUCAAGGGAUCCAGCAAAGGACACCGGGAUCGACGCCGAAGCACACUCACCAGCGACGAGCUGGGAGAGCUGAUGGGGAUGCCUGCAAAGUGAAGUGACGAUUUGUUUCAUGAUGAUGUUCCUGGGAGACAAGCUUAUUCGAUACCCCCUCGUUCACUGUCUGAGUAUAUACCUUGCCUGUUUGCAUACUUCCUGCCUUGGUGACGACAUAAUCAUGACCUGCCUCUUUCCUCGUUUUGUAUAAUUAAUACAACCCGGUAUAACUACAAUACCACAAGUAAUUUCUCGAAGCAGC